CAUUUCUUCUCUUGCUUUGUGUGCUACAAGGAGUGAAGUGUGGCGGCUUUAACUGCCGCACAUAUGUGCAAAUUUCUAUGUCGAAAACAGACGGACAGACUUUGCCGCUUACAAAAAUUCUAAAGUAAUACUAACAUACGCGUCGAUAAUGUCCCUUUAUGGUAAAUGAAUAUUUUAUCCACCUAAAAUAAACCCACUAUGUACUGAAGUAGCGCAGGUCGUUCAAUAAAAGAGCACCGGACACUUCAUUAAUGCGACGAAACCUUAGAAAUAGGAUUUGCAAGUGAAAUAAUGUCUUCAGCACUGGAAUGAAGCUAAAAAAUUGCCACUAUGAGCUGAACUAAGUCUUUUUAUUCUGAAGUAAUUCCAGUCAACGCUGAAUCUGGACUAAAACAACAGUGGUUAGUAAACCCAGUAGGUUCUGAGCUGCUUCUAAAAAUGCCUGAAACAAGCACAGGGUGCUACGUUAGUGCAAGUCAUGCUGAAAACCAGCACUGAAUUGUAGCUUCUAUGCAUAAUCAAUCCAUUUCAUUAUUCACUCAUUAUAGAAUGUUAGAGUUAAUUCAGAACCUGCGAGAUUUAAUUUAGCAUUAUAGUAAGCUUGGGUUCGAUUCAACACCGCACACGUGCAAUAGAAAUGAUGCAAUGCCUAUACUGGGGAUUCGGAAAAUAGUAACGAACAACAAGGCGGAGAGAGAAAGAUGAAUAUAUAUAAGACAAAUUGUGAAGCCGUGUAACUGGGAUGAUAUGUUUAUAUAAACAAAGAUUCAGUGAUUAGCAUAACCGAAUUAUAUUACUUUUCAUUACUACUGAGACUUCGUCGACCACAAGAAUGUUGUGGUCGGCUUUUUUUAUGUGUGUGAUAUCUCAAAUCCUUCUGAAUAUCGACAGUUUAUGUUGGUAACGUAAGUACUCCAGACCUUUAGCUGAUUUACCCAACAAGGAUAUGGGCUUUUCUUUGAUCACAGAGUUAAUAGUCAUGAAUUAAACCUCAGCGAAAAAAAAGAGAGACCAUCACGCGCAUAUCCAUGUAUUUGAAUAAAAAUGCAGACUACCAUUAUGGAUGAUUGCUGAAUUAUCCAAUUUUGGCUUUAGAAUAUUUUUGUUUCUUUCUUCACAGUUACAUUUAGGAGACAAAUGGCACCUAAUGGUCUCUAAAAGUAUAUGGCUACUAUGAAGUAAUAUUCUUUGAAUUCGAAGACAAUCAGUUGAUAAAGCCAAUCAGGUGAAAUGAUGCUUGAUUCCUGGGCAUGAACUACAGUUUCAACCAGUUGUUAAACGACUAAUUUCCGUUCACUAUCACUAAGCAUUUCUGAAGUUAAGCCACUAGGUCUCAUUGUUCUCACUUACUUCUAAUUACCUAUGACUUUCUCAAUACUCUAAAGUGUUGAAAGCUUUAAGGCUGUCAUUCAUUCGAUCUACAACUAGAAGCCAGAUGAACUAUUAGUUCAAGGGUCCUACACAUUAUUUUAUUUGUAAGUCAAUCACUAGUAGCUAUGCACAAUGCUAACAACUUGCAUUAUGUUUUGUGAAGUUCGGAGGUUAUCUAGAUUGUAUACUCAUACUAUCUGUCUAUAUGUGUGUAAAAUCAUAAGAUGGAUUCUGAGAAAUACUAUUUCUCUAAAAUCCAACUCUAUGAUCCAAAUGAAAUUACAAACUAUGGAAUACAAAAACAAUUCCAACGAAAGAAGAGGAGAAAACUGGCAAAACUCGAGAGAGAAGGAAUAUUCAUCGGCAAAGACCCUAUAAAUUUGUUGAAAAAAGCUACCAAGAACUCGGAAUCAACUUCCAGUAACUCAGAUGUGACAUCCAACGAUUUUAUACGCAAGAAGUGGAGAAUCGCAUCCCUAAAAGCUCAAGGUGUGAAGGUUAAAGAUGACAUAUCACUGCUUAAAAAAUCAGCUAAAAAAGUACAAAAACUCAAGAGGAAAAGUGCUAAAAAUUGGAAGAAACGCACAGAAGCCACUGAACAAAAGAUGCGUGAUAAACAAAUGAAAAGAACAGCAAAUAUCCAAGCAAGAAGGACGAAGAAGCUUUCGAAAAAAAUUCGUAAAGCUCGUGAUAGAGGGAGAAUUUUUACUGCAUCUGAGUAACACUAAGUUGUAAAUAAUAAAAAAACUAUUUUUCUA